CCGCAUUGCGCCCAAAAAGCGAGAAAAGCCGACAAAACCCGUUUGUCUCCCAGUGAGGGACACGUUGUUUGUUGCCGCGGCCCUCACCCUGUGGAAGCGGAGGAGUUUAUUCCACGGCAAAGAAGACGGAUCGGAUUUUCAGUACCAACUAGAAAGUCCAGUUCGACCGACCGAGAGAUGUCACAGGAGCAUGACAACAAGCGUGCGGUCCUGGUUCUUCAGAACGAGCCGGGUUAUGGCGGGCAGCGUCGCUCCUACACCACGGAGGACGAAGCCUGGAAAUCGUUCCUGGAGAACCCACUGACGGCCGCCACCAAGGCCAUGAUGAGCAUCAACGGAGACGAGGACAGCGCCGCAGCCCUCGGCCUCCUCUACGACUAUUACAAGGUGCCCAGGGAAAAGAGAACAAUAGCACAGAACAAGCCAGACACACUGGUCUCAGAUGUGGAUCCCAACAAAAGGCACCACAUCCAGGCUGGACACUCCAUAGCCCCACUCCAGGAAGCUGGUAUGGAGAGCAGGAUCCAGGUUCUGAAGGGGCCCUUCAAUAUUCUCCAGCUGGCCCAGGACAAGAGGAACCAGUUCCCUUCACCAGACACGACAGUCACAGUUUCCAUUGCUGCAGUGCCAAACUACCCGUCCGUCAAGACGGAGGUGCCCACCCACGGCUUCUCUGUGACCGUGCCAAACAACUGCGCCGAAACCGACGGCCACGUGAGCGUCUUCGACCGCCAGCUCACCCACAACGGGGUCCAGUUCAGCCCCAGCACUCACUCCCGCACUCCGCCCGACUCCACCUUCUCCGAGAGUUUCAAGGACGGUUCCCAGGAGGUGUUCUCUUUCCCAGGAGAUCUCCAGUUACGCAUGACGCCCGACGACUACGCUCACUUUAACACCGUGCCGGGGAAUAACUUUGAGUACACUCUGGAGGCGUCCAAGUCGCUGCGUCAGAAGACGGGUGAUGGGACGAUGACGUAUCUCAACAAAGGCCAGUUUUACCCCAUCACGCUCCGGGAGAUCGACACCAAAGGCCUGCAGCAGCCGAUCACCAAAGUCAGGAGCGUCGUGAUGGUGGUGUUUGGAGAGGAGAAGUGCAGAGAUGACCAGCUGAAACACUGGAAGUACUGGCACUCCAGGCAGCACACUGCCAAACAGAGGUGUCUCGACAUCGCUGAUUACAAGGAGAGCUUCAACACAAUCGGCAACAUCGAGGAGAUUUCCUACAACGCCAUCUCCUUCACCUGGGACACCAAUGAAGAAGCCAAAAUCUUCAUCUCCGUCAACUGUCUGAGCACGGACUUCUCGUCUCAGAAGGGGGUGAAGGGUCUCCCACUCAACCUGCAGAUCGACACCUACAGCUACAACAACCGCAGCAACAAGCCCAUCCACCGCGCCUACUGCCAGAUUAAAGUCUUCUGCGACAAGGGAGCCGAGAGGAAGAUCCGGGAUGAGGAGAGGAAGCAAUCCCGCCGGAAAGGGAAGGUGUCUGAACUCAACCCCGGCAUGGCCUUUGUGGACGUCAAAGUUCCCAUCCUCCAGAAACGCAACGACGUGACCAUCUUCAAGAUGAUGACCGACAUCGAGACUCAGCCGGUGCUUUUCAUUCCCGACAUUCACUUCUCCACCUUGCAGCGCCAUGUGAGUGCUCGUCACACACACACAAACACACAGCCUUUCGCAGCAGAAGACGGAGAGGACAGCUCUGGGAUGAAGAGGUUACCCUUCAGUGAGGAAGAGUUUUCUUCGCCUCCAAACAAGAUGGCAAGACUGGAAGAGCCCAAAAAAGUGCUGCUGUAUGUGCGCAAGGAGACAGAGGAAGUGUUUGACGCCCUCAUGCUGAAGAAUCCCACGCUGAAAGGCCUGAUGGAAGCUAUUUCAGAGAAAUACGAGUUACCUUUGGAGAAAGUUGGAAAAGUGUACAAGAAGUGCAAGAAAGGUAUUCUCGUCCACAUGGACGACAACAUCAUCAAACACUACUCCAACGAAGACACCUUCCAGAUCACCAUGGAGGAGUUGGGCGGCAUGUACAAACUCACGCUCACUGAAAUCUGAUCGUUGUGUGGAGGACAAAAUUUGGAUCCAUCAGGAAAAGUGGUUUACACGUGUAAAUAUGUAGUGAUUAUGGACUCGAUCUAUAAUUGAAAAUGUCAAUGUUCUAUGUCAGAGGCCCAAAAGAGGAAUUCAAAAAAGCCAUAGCUCUUAACAGACAACGGUGUCGAUUCAGAGUGUAAAUUAUAUGUUUUGCUUAAUUUCAGUACUUUUUUUGCUCAGUGAGAUAUGAGUUGCUCCUCAAAUAUCAGUGCCUCAUUCUUCCUUUAUUUUUUUGUGCCGAAAAAAUAUCGUGGCGCUGCUAUACCUCAUGCAAUGCAAGCAGCGUUUGUUUCUCGAUACAGUUAGAAUUUUUUACCCCCCGAGAAACAUCUCAUAGUCGUCGUCGUCGUCGUCGUCGUCCCCUACUUUGAAGCCAUAGCACUGACGGUUACAAUUUGUAAAGUUUGGUAUUUUUUACGCACAAAUUGAAGUCAGGAAACAGUAAAGAGGGAGCCACAGAGGUUCAGUGUAUUAAUGCUAAAACAACACGGCAGUAUUUAGUGUCUUUAUUAUAGUACAAUUUGGCUAGAGUAGUGUAAAUGCAUUCUGUUUGUAAAUGAAAUGGCUAAAGAAAUGUUUUUUGUCUUCCUCAGAUAGAUCAAUUUAAGUUACAGCCUCUUUGUAAGUAUUAAACAGUCACUUAAUUGACUGAUAAUUGUAAAACACAGCUAACUUCCCCCCCUGUAGAGUAGUUUUAUGAUGAAACAGGUCAAUGAGACAGUUUAAACAAGUCUGUUCUGGAAGUGCAAUACGGUAUUUAGGUCACACGGUAACGAAAGAAAUCCCUCUAUUGCCAAAAAAAAAAAAAAAUCACUAUACAACACAUAUUAACUGAUAAAAAAAAAGAUUUUUUUUAAAAAUGGAAAUAUUGUUGUAUAUAAACUCUAUACAAUCUGUCUUUUUAUAUCUCAGUACUUAUUGUGUAUAUAUUUAUUAAGAGGAUGUGGGUCAUUGUUUUUUUUGCAAAAUUCUCUUACUCCAAAUAAUAUAAUGUUUUUUUUGUUUUGUUUUUAUAUGAAGUUAUUCUAACAUUAUGUCAAGGGACAAAAAGUGAUUAACAUGUUUUUUUUCUGUGUCUAUUCUGUAAAGGAUUUUUGAUGCACAAAGUGCUCAAUAAAAGCUCUCCUGUAGCUGCC